CUGAGCGUAUGAGACGAUAUCAGUGCUGCAAAUUCAGUCAAACUGAGCGUAUCAGACGAGAUCAGUGCUGUCGAGUCAAUUAAACUGAGCGUAUGAGACGAGAUCAGUGCUGCAAAGUCAGUCUAACUGAGCGUAUCAGACGAGAUCAGUGCUGCUGAGUCAAUUAAACUGAGUUGUUGGACGCAGUUAGUGCUGCCGAGUCAGACGAGUCUCUUAGACGAUGGUGUCAGAGCCGUGUUCUAAGUGCGGGAGAGACGCCGGCCUGCGAUGUUCGCGCUGUCUAGGCGCGCGCUACUGCAGUAAAGAGUGUCAGAGGGAACACUGGCCGCAGCACCGAGGGCUGUGUAAGCCAAAUAAAGAUGAUGGAACUCAAGAUCUACAUCGCCCCUCAUCGAAAGAAGAAUUUCCAUGCGCUCACUGCAGUAAACCGACUGCGCUGAAGUGCUCGAGCUGCCGCAAGGCGUUCUAUUGCUCCAAGCAAUGCCAGCAGCAGAACAGAUACCAGCACAAGCACGAGUGUUUUCCUUUCAAAGUGCAGGAAAAUGAACAGCUCGGGCGGUACUUGGUGGCCACAAAGGACCUCAAGGCUGGCGACGUGCUACUCAAAGAAGAUCCGCUGGUCGUCAGCCCUCUGGAACCUCUGACCUUCGUUUGCCUAGGCUGCUACAAACCCAUGAGUGAUAAGAAUAGGUGCAGUAGGUGCGGAUGGCCGGUGUGUGGUCCGCAGUGUGAAGAGCUGCCACAGCAUGUGGACGAGUGUCGUAUCAUCAGCUCAAGAGGGAGAUGCGACUCACUCACCCUGAAUGACUAUAAGGCUAUAUUAUCCAUAAGGUGCUCGAGUUUGAAGGAAAACCCUGAGAAACUACAAAAACUCAUGGAGUUCCAGACUCACGAAGCUGAGCGACGUCUCAACAAGAUGUUCAUGCAAACUGAAGGAGAAAUUCUUUCGACGUUAAAGAAGAUUAGAUUUGAUUACAAAUCGCAAGGCAAAGACGACAAUCUGCAAGCUUUCGUUGCACACGUUAUGGGAACGAUUAACGUGAAUGGAUUUGAAAUACCUUCGGCUAGCGCAGAAUUAAUGGGGUUAUAUCCAAUAGCAGCUUUUCUCGAACAUUCAUGCUCUCCAAACACAAAACACAAAUUCUCUUCUUCUCAUCAGUUGGUGCUUAAAGCAGCCGUUGACAUCAAAGAAGGUGAACACGUUACAACAACCUACACCAAACUGUCAUGGGGCACAAGUGCUAGACGUAAAGACUUACUGGAAAACAAAUAUUUCCUAUGUUGCUGCAAACGAUGUUCCGAUGCUACAGAGUACGGCACAUUCUUCUCAGCGCUCAAGUGUAAAGAAUGCAAAGAUGGAUAUUGCCUUCCUGAUAAACCUCUCGAAAGUAACUCGCAGUGGACAUGUGAUUCAUGUAAAGCAUUCAUCUCAUACAAGGAUGCCGAUGAACGCACAAAUGCUUUCGGUGGCCUCGUAGAAACCGCGAUGGUUAAUCCAGAAAUUUCCCAACUUGAAUAUUUGCUGAGAAAAAUUGCAGUUACGGAGGUUCAUCCGAACCACUUCCACUUAUUCAAACUUCGUCACACGCUGCUGCAGCUAUACGGCCGAGGACCGAUGGCCUCUAAAGAGGAGAUUCUGGUGAAAAAAGAGACGAUGUGUCGCGAAUUCCUGGAAAUUUGCUCCAAAUUGGAUCCUGCAGACGGGAGACUCGGUCCUUACACCGGCGUGGUUUUCUUCGAGUAUCACGAUCUUGUUUUAAUCCGUAGUAAAAAACUUGCGGACAAAGAGUAUCCUGAUGAAAAGUUGAUUGAUCAGUGCGUCGACUUCGCAAAGAAACUGCUCAUAAAAUGCAUUAAAGUUCUGCAAGACGAAGAAGAAACGUCGCCCGAAGGCCUUCUUAGGAUUGUUGCGCAGAAAAAAUACGCUGAGAUGACCUUGCUGACGUCAAAGAAUAAUUCUAGGAAGUAGUGCUAACAAUUGUUUUGUGAAAUUAUGAACGUAAAUUCGAAAAUUGGUCUCUGAUACUCUGUUAUAUUUGCUGACAGUCGCUGCUAAAAAAUAAUUCAGUUAACUUGAGAUCGGAAAAUCUUUGGAAUAGAUAUACUCCUCGAUUAUAUUAACUCCCAUCGACAUUAUUGAAAGUGAAAAUAACUAUGAGGAAGUAUUUGGAAUCUAGAAUUCAUGAAUUCAAUUGCGAAAAUCGUGACUUUUCAACUUUUCUUAGUAAAAUGUGAUGUAUUUAUCGUGCCGUGUUGCAACUCCAAUUAUUACAAUAAUAACCAGCAAUUUUAACAAAAAUUCAAUAAAAAUACGAUUAGGGUACAAAUUUUUUUAGAGUAAAUGUAAAGGAUUUUAUUGUAGGUUAGUCCUUUGGGAACGUUUGCUAAGCUAUUUCAAGACGUGCCAUAAUGGCAGGAUAAGAAACUAAUAUCCCAUGACGUACGGUUUCUAGAAAUAAAAUUGCACGAAAAUAUAUAGGAAAAAUAUACAAGGAAUGAUUCAUGAUAUAUACAUGAAAUAACAAUGUAUGAACCAAGACAAAUCAAUAGCAAUGAAACAGGUUAAUCGAUAAUUUAAGUAAUCAAAUAAAUUUAACUAACCAAAUAGCUUGGUUCCUCGGGUACAACAGGCAUUUAGGGUUAAACACUGAAUGCUGUGGCACAUGAGAAAUUAACUGCGUCUAGUAUAGGCUAAUUUUAUUGCUACAAAUUCCAGUGAACAUGGAAAAUGGCUGCUACAGUAAACGUGAAAGUCGA